CAACCCUGCUUCAUUCAACCCGAAAGUGAUCUCCAUCCUCUACUCUUUCACUUAUAACCCACAGCUCAUCAUUAUAUAUUUCGACCCAAGCAACUCUUAUUUGCCACCGUUAUCUUCACCAUGGCCACUGACGCUUCCCCUCAGUACCGGCCUGUGCCACCUCCUCCUGACUUUCACCCCGAAAUCUCACUUUCCCAGUCGCUAACCCACGAUGGCCUCCACUUUUGGCAAUUCAUGAUCGCUGGCUCCAUAGCGGGCUCUGUCGAGCACAUGGCUAUGUUUCCUGUCGACACCCUUAAGACACGCAUGCAAGCUCUUGGAGCUUCGUGUUCGGUUCAACCCGUAGGCGUUCGCCAAGCCCUUUGCUCCAUCUUAAAGCUCGAAGGUCCUUCAGGACUUUACCGUGGUAUAGCUGCAAUGGGACUAGGCGCAGGACCAGCCCAUGCAGUUUACUUCUCUGUUUACGAGCUAGCUAAGCAAGUUUUGUCCCGUGGUGAGCCCAAUAACUCCAUGGCUCAUGCUGCUUCCGGCGUGGUAGCCACUGUUACAAGUGAUGCGGUAUUUACCCCUAUGGAUAUGGUGAAGCAGAGACUGCAGCUGAAGAGUAGUCCGUACAAGGGCGUAGCUGAUUGUGUACGGAGGGUUCUGAUGGAGGAAGGGAUUGGAACCUUCUACGCUUCUUAUAGAACUACUGUUAUUAUGAACGCACCGUUUACUGCUGUUCACUUCGCCACGUACGAGGCAGCGAAGCGAGCGUUGAUGGAGGUGUCGCCUGAUACGGCCAACGAUGAGAGGUUGGUGGUUCAUGCCACUGCUGGUGCCUUUGCUGGGGCCCUGGCCGCUGCCGUCACAACGCCGCUUGAUGUUGUUAAAACCCAGUUGCAGUGUCAGGGAGUCUGUGGUUGUGAUAGAUUUUCCAGCAGUUCAAUUGGGAAUGUUGUUCAAACAAUAGUGAAGAAGGAUGGUUACCGGGGCCUUCUGAGGGGAUGGAUCCCAAGGAUGCUCUUCCAUGCUCCUGCUGCUGCAAUCUGUUGGUCUGCUUAUGAAGCAUCAAAGGCCUUUUUCCAACAGCUAAACAGCAGCUAAAACUAAGUUGGCUAAGAAACGAAGAAUCUUGUCAAAGUGUUGAGAUUUCUCAGCUCCGCCUCAACCGAAAUAACACAUGAAAAUGCCCGAUCCUCAAACCUGGGUAAACCAGUUGGUUACAGCACAUGGAAAAUUCACAAUACGCUUGUCUACAAUUUCUUUUCGAUCAGAUCAAAUAAAUACUAUUUACUAAUCAGUCAAGCUUGGUGAUCUGC